AUGCUGGGUCAGAAACUCGUCGCCUUUGCUGCUCGAAUUCGCGCAAUUCGCACGCCUCGUUAUUUCACUUCCACCGCUCGUUGCUUCGGUAAAGAUUGCGGAAUUGUAAAUAUUCAAGAUCCUGCCGAUUUCACUGAAAAGGUCACCCAAAACGAGCUCCCCGUUCUCGUUGAUUUCCACGCCACAUGGUGUAACCCCUGCAAGAUGCUUGGACCGAGAUUAAACGGAGUUAUGAAAAACCACAUGGAGAAAGUUCUCCUAGCCAAAGUCGACAUCGACUCACUGGAGGACCUGGCCACCCAAUUCAAGGUAGCAGCUGUUCCGACCGUGGUCGGGAUGCGGGGCGGCAAGGAGGUGUCUCGAUUUACCGGCCUAAAGGAGGAGGCUGAAAUCGAGAAGUUCAUUCAGGAGCUGUGCAAAUUUGCUGAACCAGAGGUGGAAGUGGAUGCCUGGCUGUAUGCAACUGGAAUCCAUGGAUGUCCACUUGCUCAGACCACUACGGCAUGGCAAUGGGAUAAGUUGACGUCCACAAGGGACACCAUGACGCCUUUCUACACUGAUGAGGAAGCGAAGUCGCCUGUGCAAGGAUGCUCGAGCCGAGGUUCCUCCGCUGUGGAUGCUAGCAAGUUCUACGACCUCGAGGAGGCUUCAUCAGCUCAUCGACUCUUGAAGGCGGACCUCUUCUUCUCUGACCUCCAAUGA